AUGGGUAAUUCCCAACGUAAACACUUUGCGAAAGCAUGUCGCAAAGACAUCAAUUACGGCAUCAGCCGCAUUGCCAUCACCAGCAUCAUCAUCAUCAUCAAGAAGGAGAAGUGUCAUUAUCAUCAUCGAUUGGCUCCUCGAAGGGACGAUGAUGAUAAAUUCCUUAUCAUUGCUGUUGCCUUUUUGGCCUGCGCCUUUGCCGAUGUCUCGGAGCUUUCUGGCUAUGAUUACCAACAGCCAGCUCCUGCUCCCGCUCCCGUGGAGACCUACAUUCCACCUGCACCACCCGCACCUGCCCCAGCUCCUGUGGAGACUUACAUUCCCCCAGCACCCCCGGCACCCGAGUACAUCCCACCCGCACCCGUUCAGGCCGAGGAGCCUGUCCUGGAGGAGAUCGAGCAGCCUGCUCAGGAUGGUUAUCGCUACAAGACUGUGCGUCGUCGUGUCUUCCGUCACCGCAACUAA